UUAGUCCAACACGGCGUAUAGAUUCCAAAUGCAAAUCCCAACAAGAUUAGGAAGCAUCAUCCCAUGGCCCAAAAGCAGCCACUUCCGUGAGACUAUAGAAGUGGAUGAUACAGAAGUUCGGUAAGUUUUGGCAGAGAUGCAGGAUAAGCUAACGCUCGCUUUAUUCGGGUGUACAGCAGGCAACAUCCUCCUGAAUUGAGCCCAACUCAGAUCGAAAGAUGAGAGUGAUCGCGUACUUGGACACGGUGUUGGUGCCGCUGAGCCUCUUCCUCACCGUCGGUUACCACGCCUAUCUCUGGCACAACAUCAAGCACAAGCCCUCCAUCACCACCAUCGGUCACGACGCGCAGAAGCGCAAGGCAUGGCUUCUUGCCCUCAAAGAGGGAGACGAGAAGGCGGGCAUGUUGGCUGUCCAAAGCACAAGAAACACCCUGAUGGUGACCAUCCUGACCGCAACCAUAGCCAUCCUGAUCAACUUGGCGCUCGCGGCUCUCACCAACAACGCCUACAGUGCGGACCACCUCUUCAGCAGCGCCUUCUUCGGCUCCAAAUCCCCCAAGAUCUUCGCCCUCAAGUACGGAUCGGCAUCCUUCUUCUCGAGCCUCAGCUUCCUGUGCAGCUCGAUGGCGGUCGGCUACUUGAUCGACAUGAAUUACUUAGUAAAUGCGGCUACCAGCGAUGGUACGGUCUCUUCUUCCAUGUACACGCAAUUGGUUUUCGAGAGAGGGUUCUUGCUGGCCCUUUUCGGGAACCGGCUGCUCUGCGUGACGUUUCCCCUGUUGAUGUGGAUGUUCGGGCCGGUCCUGGUCGCCCUCUCCACCGGGGCGUUGGUGUGGGGGCUUUAUGAGCUCGAUUUCGCCCGAAGAUCUCUGCAUCACACUGGGAAAACUCGCGCGUGAGUGAUUCGGAAUUGUACGGAUUGUGAUGGAUCCAAUGCAGAGAGAGUCUCUAGCGCAAGAAGGACAUUGCAAUUCGAAUGAUUAGGCAGGGCUUGAUAUGUCUACUGCCGUGUGUUAUUUUCAUUAUAUUUGCUGUUGAUUCUUCAACUUCUCGAUGACAUUUCUUAGUCGACGAUCUUUAGUUUUGACAUUA